AUGUCUCAAGAUGGACGUCGCCAAGAUAAGCCUGAGGGCUUCUCUAAAUACCUUAAGCGUAUGAAGACCGUCCUCCGUCCUCGGUCUAUGUCCAAACGACAAUCUAUACCUCCCGGUGUAGCCGCUCCCGAAACGACUGCACCAAAGGAAGCAUCACCACCGGCACCAGUUCCUGCGCCAGUAUCAGCGCCAGAACCAGCCCCGACACCAGCUCCAACCCAGGAUCUCAGCACACCAAGACCAGUCAUGUACACCGACUUCCGAACGGCCCAGAACGAAAAGGCACGCGCCCUCUUCGCCAAAUACGGCCUGACUGUCGACACCAGUGAAUGGAAGACACCCACCGAUCUUCAGAUAACCCGUGUAACGAAGCCAAUCCGCAUGCGGGUGCGCCGUACCUGCCAUCGCUGCGAAACAACCUUCGGUGCAGACAAAGUAUGCAUCAACUGCCAGCAUACCCGCUGCACAAAGUGUCCCCGACACCCACCCAAAAAGGAUGGCGAAUCGACAACCCGCAAGCCCAAGGUCCCAGAUGCCUACGUUCACCAACCCCGACUAUUCCCCAGGACCUCGCACCUCAAGCUCAGCACCACCAAGGAAAUUUCGCUCAAGAUGCCGUCGCCCACGGGCGGCGCGGAUUUCGUCCGUCGGCCGGUUCGCCAGCGUGUCCGCCGCAACUGUCACCUAUGCGCCUCGAUCUUUACCCCUGGCUCCAAGGAAUGUCCUGGUUGCAGCCAUGUGCGCUGCAAGAUUUGUCCACGGGACCCGGCUAAACUCGAUAAAUACCCCGAUGGCUAUGCGGGUGAUGCGGAUCCGCCCAAGCCUAGACCUCAGCGCACGUUCAAGAAGACUCGUCGCAGAGUCCAUUAUGAAUGUCAUGUCUGUCAGACUUGGUUCCAGGGUAAUUCGGAGACUUGUUCGAAGUGUGGCCAGGCGAAGUGUGAUGAAACUAGACGAAUCCCUCCUAAAAAGGUCAAACCAGAACCAAGUCCUGAGGUUCUGAAGAGCAUUGAAGAGAAACUAGCAGCUAUGGCGCUUGAACAGACACCGGACACCGUCGAAGUGACAGCUUGA